AUGGCGGUCGACUCUCACGACUAUGGAUCUGAACAUGGCCUGGCAGGACUCUCAAGCGACUUAACAUCCGACCGCAUCGACGUUGAAGCCCAAUCCCCGCUCGGCCAACCCUCACCCUCACCCAUCCCCAUCGAAGACCCUGUCUCCCUGAGCGCAUUCUCAGCACCCACCCACGUCGACUCUGCCUCCACGAUUCGGCAACGCUCAAAGCGUACUAAUACCUUACGUUCAUACUACCGCGAAGGCUCCAGUCCCGAGCCACACUCGGAGGCCGGGAAGGAGCCGGGGAUCGAUCCUAAUAGGGCUUCACCGCUACCUGAAUCAGAAUGGACGUCGUUAACUGUUGAGCUUCAUCGCAUUUGCGAGAUCACUGUUGUCGACUUUUCACAAGAGGAUAUGCGGCAUUAUGUGCUAGACAAUACUUCGCUUGAACAGUUUCUGGCUCGCGAGCGGGAACCCUGGGUUCAAUGUCGAUGGAUCAACGUCAAUGGGUUGAGUUGGGAUGUCAUUCGCAUCUUGGGCAGAUACAAGAAUCUGCAUAGAUUGGCAAUUGAGGAUCUUAUGCAUCCAAACAACAGAACGAAAGUGGAUUGGUACUCGAAUCAUGCGUAUAUUGUCAUGUCAUUGCAGCGACUUGAGAAACUGCGUCAUCGUGAGAAUAAUAACGACUCUGACGAUGGUAUUCACAAGCCUUCUGAUAAUGACAGUGAUUCGGAAUCGGAGGAUAGUAAUCUACCGGGGGCUGUACGGGGGCGGAAAUGGAAUGUCAUCAAGGCUGCUAUGAAGGAUUUACUCUUUCCGGAUAGCGGUCGAAAGAAACGAGACAGGAAGAAGGCCAAGUUCGCAGGACAGGAGCAGAAGUUUAAUGGUGGAAGUUUGCGAGCAGGUUUGGGCAACGGAGAAAUCAUAAGCAAAUCACCCAUGCCUCGCUCAUUGCAGCGGUAUAGGGGUGGGCCUAACGAGGAGAGAAUAAAAUUCAUGGAACGCCAUGCAGUGCUUGCCAGUCAGGGUUUGCGUGUGACCUUGGAACAAGUCUCAAUCUUUUUGAAUUCUGACAAUACUGCUUUGUCUUUCUUUGAUGCGAGCGCGAGCGAUAUUGAAGCCCCGAUUGUUAAACGACUGAACUCCCCAGAGACUAUACUACGUCAGUCAUGCGAUGCGAGCAUGCUUGUACAGGCUAUUCUAGACGCCAUCAUUGAUCUUGCGAUACCCGUUACGCUCGCCUAUCAGGAUGCAAUCGGAGAUCUCGAAGUUGCCGUAUUGACCGACCCCAACAUCGACCAGUCAAAACUAUUGUACAUCCUCACCUCUGAAAUAUCCGUGCUGCGCAACGCCAUGCAGCCAAUGGUGGCAGUCAUAAACGCACUCCGAGAUCACUGCUCGCAACCCGUUCAAGCCCAGGGUGUUGGGAGUAUCAACACCGGGCAAUUGAGCAAGCCCAACACGAAUAUAACAAUAGACGGAAGUUCCGUAAGCGUCCCUUUUAUAGGAACAGGGACCCCGAAUCUGAGGAGCACAUAUGCCUCGACUGUCACUAUCAGCGCCAUGUGUCAUACGUACCUGGGUGAUGUGCUGGAUCACUGCAUAACCAUUACAGAGGGAUACGAUCAAAUGCGACGGUCUGCAGAUAACAUGAUUGAUCUUAUUUUCAACACUAUCGGUGCCUAUCAAAAUGAGAGCAUGAAACAGCUUAGUUUAAUAACGACGUUGUUCCUGCCAUUGACCUUUUUGACAGGAUACUUUGGAAUGAACUUUGCAUUCUUCGCAGGUGUCAGGGACCACAGUGAUGCUUAUUUCUGGAUAAUCGCCGUUCCAUUCGUUUUUGUCGUCACGCUAUUGCUCAUGCGCGAUAUGAUCGGCCGAUACUUCCUGAAACUCGCCCAGAGAAGACUAUUUUCCAGCUCAAGGAGACAUCGACAGGAACGAAAACGUGAGAGACGGAAUAGAUAG